AUGGUGAGCGUCCUUCUCCUGCUUCUAUCUAGCCUCCGUGGGCACAACAAUGCUUUUACCGGCAUUUGCGUUUUGCGUAAUUACAUUGUACAUUUUGAGAACGUCCAUUGUGCUGAGAAGUCAGAAGUGAUGGCCAAGGCGUAUGCAAAUCGUUCAGCGAUACUCUGCAAUGAAAGAUUUUACGAAUCAUCACUGGAUGACGUAAAUGACGCUCUGGAGAUCGGUUACCCGGAAAACCUCAAAGCGAAGCUCUAUGUUCGGCAGACAAAAUGCUUGAUCGCGCGCUUUCCGAACUCAUUGCGUGGCGUUGACAAUUGUUUGCAAAAAGCGCAGUUCUGGUCAGAGAAAAUGGACCCAGCUAACAAGAAAACUACCCAGGCUGUCAUUGCUAAGCUAAAGAAGAAUAAAACAGUUCCAGAGCCUCGUGAAAUUUGGUUCGCCUCCGAGUAUCUGCCCAAUGGUCCCCAAGGAAAUCCGAAAAUCAUGCGAGCCAGCAGCGCUGUCGCUUUGAAAUAUUCUGCAAAGUAUGGUAGACAUCUUGUAGCUACCCGUGACAUCAAAGCUGGUGAAGCUUUGGUUCUUCAUCAAUCAUACGCAUCCUCGCUCUACCCAGAGCAUUUUUACAAUCAUUGCUGGUAUUGCACUACUCAAUGCCUCAAUCCUAUCCCCUGUUUGUCGUGUGUCGACGUCGUUUAUUGCAGUCACAAAUGCCGUGAAAGCGCUUGGAAGGAGUACCACGACGUCGAGUGUAAGGUCAUUGGAGUUAUGCUCAGAGCUGAAAUGUACGUCGGAGAAAUUAUGGCUGUGAAGAUACUUAUCAAAGCUCUCAAGGAAACUGGCAGUAUCCAAAAGCUUAGGGAGAAAGUCGAAGAAAUUGAAUCUAUCUCAGAUCCACUUGAUAAAACUUACACCAACGGAAGAUUUGAUGACAGCAAAUACGCAAGUUUUUAUUCAUUAAUGCGUAUACCGAUGAAUGGUAUAACUCAUGUACUGCUGUGUGAGAAUGUAUUAAAAUCAAUUGGACUUACGUAUUUUUUGGCUGCUCUUACUGACUUAUUUGGUGAAAAAACUACCAGCUACGAGGAUGUUUUUAAAAAUGAAGAUGCUCUGUUCAUUGCGCGAUUACUUUACCAUCAUCAGAUGAUCAUUCGAACAAAUGCAGUUAAGAUGGAACGAGACAACGAAAAGGGUGAAUAUAGGAGACACUCGGGAGUCAUUGCUCCAUUAUUUAAGCUUGUUAACCACAGUUGUGAUCGCAAUGUCUAUCACUUUUUCGCAGAUGAUAAAAAUGCAAUGAUUGCUAUACAACCGAUUAAAGAAGGGGAACAAAUUUUUACAUGUGUAGGUCCACAAUGGUUUGAUAUAGAUACUCAGAGGAGAAGGUCAAUUCUUCAUUUGGAUUAUGAUUUUCACUGUAAUUGCUACGCUUGCAGACAUGAUUGGUGUCCUUCUUUUCGCUUCCCAACUUGUUUGGAUCAAAAUUUAUCAAAAAAAGGACGAGAAACUGUUUUGAAAGUCAAGUCGAUGGUCGAACGUUGUAUUAGACCCUCACUAUGGAAUAAAAUGACAAUUGAAGACAAAGUAAAGGCUAACCUGCCGAAAAGAAUCGCUUGUAUUAUAAAAGCUCUUAAUAUUCUUAAAAACAAAAAAAACAAAUCAAUAAAUAAAAUCAAAAUGGAAACAGAAAAAAUUGAAAUAUACCAAAGCCUAAAAAGAAAAUAUUUAAUAGUCUACCUUCUGGGUAACUUUGUCGACUGGAUCCAAGGACCUUACCUCUAUAAACUAUAUCUUCACUACGAGUACACAACAACAGACAUCUCUAUCUUAUACAUCACCGGAUUUCUCAGCAGUGCAAUCUCCGGUGUCUUAAUCGGGCACCUGGCAGAUAAAUUCGGACGUAAAAAAUUAUGUGUCUUCUAUUUUAUCAGCACAAUAGUCGCCUGUCUUUGCACAAACUACUCUGACCUGAUGAUGCUCCACCUGGGUCGAAUAUUCGGAGGAAUAUCAGCGUCAAUUUUAUUCUCGAGCUUCGAAUCUUGGUACAUAAGCCGUCACUUGUCAGCAGAUCUUCCUCACGACUGGAUGGGCUCUACUCUGGCUUCCUCAACUUUCUACAACGGUCUGCUAGCGAUCGCUGCCGGAAUUUUAGCCUCAAUAUUAGCUGACACACUCGACUACGGACCAGUGGCUCCAUUUAUGUUCACCAUUCCAGUGUGCAUCCUCAGUGGGCUCAUCUGCAUGACUACCUGGCGAGAAAACAGCCAUAAAAAAGUCUACUCAAAUUUACUGCAAGGUCUAAGUGUCAUUUUCCGGAACGACGGCCUGUUGAUUUAUCUCGGGCUGAUCCAAACGCUUUUCGAGACAAUAAUGUACACAUUUAUUUUCCUCUGGACCCCAAUUCUGGACCCUAUCCAGCUGAGCAAUGGGUUGAUAUUCAGCUUAUUCAUGCUCUGUAUAGUCUUCGGCAGCGCAUUGCAUUCCAUUUUAGUAAAUUAUUACCAAAUAAGUCGACUGAUGCUUCUUUGUUCCAGCGUUGUUCUCGCGCUAUUCAGUAUUGCCGUCAGUACAAUAGGUAUUCACGUUCAAAUGCAAUUUGACGGCGAGCAAAUAGGUACUUAUAUAUGUCUAGUAUCAUUUUUGAUAUUUGAAAUCUCAGUUGGAAUUUAUUACCCGGCUAUUGGUUACUUACGCGGGAUCAUCGUACCAGAAGUCCACCGGACGAGUGUUGCCAAUUGGUUCCGCUUGCCGUCUAAUUUGUUAAUUUGCGUGGUAUUGCUUUAUAUAAGAAUUGGAGUACCUGACAAUCGGUUGAUAUUCGCACUCAGUGCAAUGUGCCUGAGUAUUGCUUCACUUUACUGUGUCGAAUUUGUUAAAGCUUACAAGAGAGAUUAUUCCAUUAUUAAUGAGGAUAAGUGCGUUAAUCAUUCUAAUCCAAAGUAUAGAAGACUGUUGGCUAGUAGUUUAGAUUCUAAGCUUUAA